CCUCUGGACGCUGGGCCGGGCGCAGCAGCGCCACCGGAUCGACGCCAGCACGGUGGAAGAACUCUUUGGUCAGCAGCAGGCUCACGGCGGCGCCACGCCCGGCGGGGGAGGGAGGGGCCGCGGCUCACGGCGGGACGCAAAGGACCAGGUCUCCCUCUUGGACACCAAGAGAGGCAUGAACGUGGGCAUCUUCCUCAAACAGUUCAAGAGGUCCAACCAGGCCAUCAUUGAAGACAUUCGCCGCGGCAACGCCGAACCUUACGGGGCGGAGCCACUAAGAGAGAUGAUGAAGUUGCUGCCUGAGGCGGAUGAGGUGACGAAGAUGAAGGCGUACCACGGUGACGUGGCAAAGCUGUCGUUGGCCGACUCCUUCGUGUUCCUGCUGAUUCAGCUCCCCAGUUACGCGACGCGGAUCGAGUGCAUGCUGGCCAAAGAGGAGAUUCCUGGCACGUGCGAGGCCGCGCGGGCACACAUUGGCGUCCUUCGCUGCGCAACCAAAGAGGUUCUUGGCUGCCAGGAGCUGCACGCCGUUCUCCACUUGGUACUGCAAGCCGGAAACAUCCUCAAUGCCGGCGGUCACGGCGGUAACGCGGCGGGCUUCAAACUGUCGUCCCUGUUGUCUCUCGCCGACACCAAAGCCAACAAACCGGGAAUGAACAUGCUGCACUUUGUAGCUCAGGAAGCCCAGAAAACUGACGAGAAGUUGUUGGACUUCCCGCUGGAGUUGAGUCACAUUCAGGCCGCUUCCAGGAUCUCCUUGGAGACGCUGGACGCUGAACUGCAGCGGCUGACGUCCCGCACGCGCUCUCUCGAGGUGAGCGUAGGGGCGGACGGCGAGCUCCUCCGGCAGUUGGAAAGCUUCCUACAGGAUACGACAGCACGGCUGCGCGAGCUGCGCGAUAGCCGGGAGCUGCUGAGCAAGGAAGCCGACGAGCUGAUGGAUUUCUUCUGCGAGGACAGCGACACGUUCCGAUUGGACGACUGCUUUUCCGUGUUGUACGGCUUCUGCUGCAAGUUCGGCCAAGCUGCCAAGGAAAACAAAGAGCGGGAAGCCCGUCGCCAUCGCUUACAAGUUCAGGAGGAACAGAAGAGACAUUCGUGGGCCGGCGGCGAAGAGGUGGGCAGCGCGAUGCGCUAUCACUGCAGCAGUGAAACGGACCUUUCGGCGGUUAUGCUGCACCAGGACGAGACCAGCGUGCUCCUGGAGCUGCUCUCUCCGAAGUCGACCGGCCGGCGUGCUUCUCGGCGGCGUUCCCGGCGCUCGUCGUCGCAAAGCCCGUCCUCCCCUUCUGGGAACACCGCAACGACGACGACACCAUCAGCCACCAAUCUCGAGUGUCGUGUCAAAACGGACACCCCCUCCGACUUGGACGAUAAUUACCGAGACCGCAGAGAGGCUUCACUGACACGCCGUGAACGGCGCCACUGUAAAACGUCUUCUGAAGAUGACCACAUCAACCGUGACAUCACGGCGGCUGCUGACGACAACGACGCCUUAGUGUUUGUUCUGGAGACAUGCUCACUGGUUCCUGAGCUAAAGGCCUUCGGUGAAGUCACCGUCACAGAUGCGGAAGAGCCGCAGACUUCAGACGAGUCGAUCGGAGCGCAGCCGGUUGUUUCUUGGUGCGUAACCGCCCUGUGUGAGGUGGACCGUCCAGGAGAAAAGGAGGCGGCAUCAUUUCCCGAGCCGGCGCAGUCGUUGCCUGUCAGGCACCAACCGUCGCCAACCUCGACGCUUUGCGUCUCCUCUCCAACUCCUCCUCGAUCAGACCAGCGUAAGAAGGCGGCCUCGUCCAGAACCGUCCCUACCUCCGCAAACAAGAGCCAACCCAGUCGUGUGCGUACCCUCAACAGCUCCGAGAAGCAAAUCAUGAGGAAGGUGGUGCCCGUCUCCAAGACCAGUUUAGAGAAACGAGGAGAGAAGCCAUCCACUGGCCCCUCAUCACAGCGCUCAAGCCUCCAGAGCAGAGAUUCAAAGAACCGUCACGUUCCCGGUGCUCGGAACCAGCCGGAGGAGAAGAUGUGUCGCUCCACACUGCGAGCGCUUGGGGGUGGUUCCAAUGUCAAGGCUGCCAACACUCCUUCUCCUGCCCCUUCGUCAGGCCCGGGUUUUGCCCGAAACACUGCCUCUUCCUCUUUUCGACAAACACUCGCUGGCCUUCCAAAAGUGAACGUUUCCAAGUCUGGAUCUGAAGCAUCUUCCAAAUCAUCCACAUCUGCUGAGCGACCUCGCACCUCAUCGUCCUUGUCUUCCUCCGUGCCCAAGAGGUCUCUGAGCAGCAGAACAGCUCCGGGCAUCAGCACGACUCCGAGAAGCGGGACACCACCAAGUGCCAAAACAUCACCAAACAUCAAGUCACAUCCAAGUGUCAGGACAUCGCCAAACAACAGCACACCUCAGAACGUCAGCACACCUCCGAACAUCAGGCCCCGUCCGAGCGUCAGUACAUCUACAAACAUCAGGACACCUCCGAAAGUCAGGACAUCCCCAAACAUAAGCACACCUCCAAACGCCAGGCCGCAUUCAAGGGUCAGGAUAUCUGCAAACAUCAGGACACCUCCGAUCAUCAACACAGCUCCGAGGGUCAGGACUUCGGCAAAGACCAGCACACCUCCGAACAAUAGCGCCCCACCAAAUGCCAGGCCUCAUUCGACUGUCGGGACAUCUGAAAACAUCAGGACGCCCCCGAUGAGCAGGACACCUCCAAGUGUCAGGGCGUCGACAAAGAUCAGGACACCGCCGAGUGUCGGGACAUCUGCAAAGAUCAGGACGCCUCCCGGCUCCACGGGGGCUGACUCCGUGGCCCCCGCUAAAGGCCGCGGGCGCGAGAGCAGCUUCUCGGACAGGUCCAGCCAAUCGCGGCAAUCGGCCAAGGUCUCCAAGCCCAGCUGGAGAUAACACAACACAAGACAGAUGACGUAUAAAACAUAACGCCCCAGGCAGAAGCCAUUUUCGUAAAAAGCUCAUCUGUCGUUUGUGACCAUGAGAUAAAUCAUUCGGAUUUGUGUAUAUAAGCAGGAAGUUGAAUGUUCUACCACUGAGCUCCAUCCAAACCUUUCCGGUGCAAUCUCUUCAUGUAUUUUGUCACGUAUUAAAAUGUGUACAUUGAAUAGAA